AUGCGUCGCUUUAAUGUCAAAUGGUUUGAGACUUGGAGACCUUGGCUUGAGUAUAGUGUUUCAAAGAACAAGGCUUUUUGUUUCAUUUGUUACUUGUUCAAGAGUGAAGAUACUGCUGGAGGUGAUGCUUUUGUUAAUGAGGGAUUUUGUGCUUGGAAUAAAACUGAAGCCUUCAAGAGUCAUGUGGGUUUGCACAUGAGUGCUCACAAUAAUGCUAUGCUUGCUAUGGAGACAUUCAAAAGUAAAAAGGCUUCCAUUACUAGCGCUUUGUCUAAUCAAUCGGAUUGCCUCUACGUGGUCAUGAUGGGAAAAAAAACUUCAUUGAGUAGGGGUAAGUAUUAUUCAUUGUUGACACUCCUUUCCGCUCACGAUCCUGAUUAUGCUAAAGUGGUUCUCAAGUCGGCCCCUGGUAAUUGUCAACUCACAUCUCCUGAAAUCCAGAAGGAUAUCAUCAAUUCUUGUUCCAAAGAGACAACUAAAUCAAUCCUUGAAGAACUUGGUAAAGGUUUUUUUUCUAUUCUUGCCGAUGAGUCUGCCGAUAUUUCUGAUAAAGAGCAAAUGGCUCUUUGUUUGAGGUAUGUCAACAAAAAGGGAGAAAUAUGUGAACGUUUCAUUGGUAUUGUGCAUGUUCUUGAUACUACUUCCUUGACUCUUAAAGCGGCUAUUGAGUCUUUACUUAUGGAGUAUUCUUUGUCCCUCUCUAGAGUUCGGGAUCAAGGUUAUGAUGGUGCUAGCAAUAUGCAAGGUUCAAUCAAUGGACUUAAAACUUUAAUAUUGAAUGAAUCUCCUUGUGCAUACUUUGUUCAUUGUUUUUCUCAUCAAUUACAAUUGACACAAGUUGCUCUUGCUAAGAAGAAUAUCGAUUGUGCUUGGCUAUUUGUUGAUGUCCUUUCUCCCUUGUUAAAUUUUGUGGGUGGUUCACCAAAAAAGAAAGAAUUUCUUCGAAAGAUACAAGCUCAACAUGUUGUGGAUGCACUUUCCUCAGAUGAUCUUGAAACGGGAACAGGUUUGAAUCAAGAACUUGGCUUAGGUAGACCUUGUGACACUCGUUGGGGGUCUCACUUUAAAACAAUCUUGAAUGUGCUUGAUUUUAUAUUUGGAAUUACAAAUGAGUUAAAUAAGGCUUUGCAGAAGCAUGAUCAAUAUAUUGUAAAUGCAAUGACCAUGGUUGAUGUAACAAAGUGCAAUUUGCAAAAGAUGAGAGAUAAUGGAUGGGACUCUCACAUGGAGAAAGUUACUUCAUUUGUGGCUAAGUAUGACAUCCAGUUUCCAGAUAUGGAGGUGUGA